AUGAGAAAUCAGAAUUAUACAAUUUACUUCACACAUGGAAACUUGGGCAUUUAUAUACUCAUCUAAGAGGUAACUGUUUUUAAUUAUUUAAAAUAAGUUAUGCCACACGAACAUUUUAAUGUUUUUUAAUGUAUCAAAAAUUGCAUCCUAUUAAAAACAUCUAAACAAUUCUGUCCUUUUGACAAAGUUUUUAUAUAAAUUACUACCUGAAAUUUAUACCUAUUAGUUCGUGUGACAAAAUAAUGUGUUCUUUAUUCCUAAUAAUACUAAUAUAUUUUUUGUUUUUGUUGUGUUUAAAGAUCAAAGUAUAUCUAUAGAAGUACUAAAAUACCUUGACAAAAGUCACAUUAAAAAAUUGUUCCAAGAUAAAUCAGUUGGAGAACAAGCCGCAUUUGAACACCAUCGUAAAAAAUGGCUAUCUAAGUCCUCCUCUAUCGAAAUAGAAGUUGAAAAUACAUUAGAAAAUUUUCCUGAAUACAGUAAAAAAGUUCCAAGCCUAAUGUCUAUAUUAAAGGACACAAAUGUUGGAGAAAAAAUCAUUAAAAACUAUGAGGAAAACCAAAUAUUUAGUGAGGAAGUUCGGGUGCUAUUGUUAAACACUAUAGCAAAAUAUAUCGAUGUAAAGGGAUAUAGGUGUACCUUAACGGAUUGCUCAAAUAUUGAACAACAAAUAUGUAAAGUGUUUCCAACUGAACAAUUAAGUUAUUACAAUAUUGGAAAAAGAGGUAAAUUAUAUAAUAAACUCCAUAACUUAAAGCGCCAAACCAAACCCCUAAUGAAAGAAAAUAUAAGUAAAGAUCAAGAACCUGUAUGUAAUGAUGAACCAGAUGCAGAGUUUUCCAUUAAAUGUUUGAGAAAUGAUACUAUAACAAUGGAUGAGUUAGACAUAUAUUGGAGAAAGUGUUCAAAUUAUAGACUAAAUCAAAUCAAGAAAUUGAGUACUACCUUAGAUAUACUUAAUGAAUGGCCAGAAUACAAAAAACCUUCAGGAUAUCAAGUGGUUUGUAUUUACAUAUCGAUAUAGAUUUUUGCAUUAGGUUUCCAACUGCGAAAACUAUGGAAGUGAAAUGGGACCAGUAUUCAGAAAAAAUAAAUAUUUUGCUUAAAAAUAAAAUUGUUAAUUCUGCA